AUUUCUGUUGCAAUUUGUCUGACAGGCCAUCUGUCAUUUGGCUUAUGGUCCAGCUGGUAUACAUGUACAUAUAUGCAAAUAGUAUUUGAUGGGAUCAAUGGAGCUGCUCUUUGGGUUAUCCCUACCAUCUCAAAGUAGUAGGCAUGCAUAAGAGGGACUAUACAGUUAGACUCAAUUAAUGACACAUUGUUGUAAUCCUAAUCAAUAAUUUGUGUUUCCCUGACUUUGUAAUUAGCAGCCUUCCAAACGCUGUAUUAAUCCUAGUUCUGAGGGAGACGAUGGCAGUGCUUUUAAUUGAUUUGCAAAUUGCUGAGAUAGCGAAAAGUUGAAAUGUUUUCUCUAGACCUCAAAUAUCAAUGGGGGAAAAAAUUUGCACUUUCAUUUCAGACUGAAUUUCUGGAUUCAAGGACCUAUUUAAGUGGACCUCUUUAAAAGGUUGAAACAUGACAGUGAUAUUAGAAUAUUUACAUUUCCAAAUGUAUUCUCUGAUUUAAAGAAUAAAUUGCUUUCUUUGGUUUGUUAAAUUGGAGAUGAAUGUCAUAUAAAACAUUGCAGAAAAAAUUUGCAUAAGCCAUGGAUACAGGUUAUGCAUUUUUUUGUGUGCAAUUAAUGCUUGCACACUUCAUAUACUCUAUUUAACAAAGUCAUUUUAUUAUUGACAUUUUUUUGUAAAUUUACAUUUUUCUGUAUUUUUUGGUAUACAGUGUCACCUCGUUAUGUCACCACCCCUGUAUACCACCAUCAAAAUGUGUAGAACAGAUUCCAUGCAUACUAAAUACACCAAUCUCACCAAUUGCCAUCCACCACCCGCUUUCAGGUACAAAGCAUCAAAAUACCUUUAUCCCCCCCUCCCCCCCCCCCCCCCCCCUUCCGAUAACAAUGUCAACAUUUAGGGUUCAUGAGCCAUAAUUAUACAUAAUGGUCUGUUUGUUGAAUCAUAACCAAUCUUAAUUUAGCAUGUGUCCUGAAAACAGGUAAGUAUAUAGGUAAUUGCGAUUAUAACUUGAAUAUAAUCUUUUGAAAAUUGUCUCUGAAAUUGUCCAGUAGAAUUGCAGUAAACAACAUAGAAACGAAACUACUAUCAGCUACUGUAAAUUUUGUGUACCAUGUGACCUAGUGAUGUGUGUGAUGUCAUAUAUUUGUGAUCCAGAAAAAAGUCACAGCCAAUUACAUGGGUUUGUCAACCACUCGACGUAUUCAUUUACAGUAGAACCUACCAUGAUAAAAAUGAAUCAGUUGUACAUAUAAUUAAUGUGUUUUACAAAUGCACAGUCACAUAACAUUCCACUAUUUAACGAAGUUUCAAAAACAAAACAAUUUCGUGCAUCUACAUAUCUUGUCUGUCAUGUGAACAAAAAAAAAAAAAAGAACAAUUAUUUGUUAAUUGAUCAACCACUUUUUUUUUCAAAUUGAUUGAACUAAAAUAAUCAAACUCUUUAUAAUACUACCCUCAUAGUAACACAAAAGUAGCUAGGCUGGGACAAAAGCUGGCGAUGUACCAAGAUGACACUGUAAAUGUAUACUUUCAAGCACAUAAAAUAUAGGCAGGGGUUGAAAUUUUUUUUUUUCACAUGGUCGAUUCCAGGCCUAAAUUUCUCGAAAACAAGUUAAGUAAAAAAUAGGACUUAAGUCUGAGAUUUUAUUCAAAUUUUGGUUGCUCAAAUAAAAGAAAACUCAAACUCGCGGUAAGUUUGAGAUUUUUUUUGGAGAAAUCCAAGCUGGAACUAGAGGGGCCAAUUUUUGUGAAGUCCCAUAGGGAAAUAUCCAAAUCCAGGUUGAAUUUAGAGAUUUGUUAUUGUUUUUAUAUUACAUAUCAUCAAAUGAUUAAAUAAAAACCUGGGUUCGAUUUCUUGAAACAAUCUCAAGCCGAAACUUGGACUUAAGUCUGAGAUUUUACUCAAAUUUUGAUAGCUCAAAUAAAAGAAAACUUAAACUUAAGUUUGAGAUUUUUUUUUUAAAAAUUCUAGCCAGUAUUUAAAUUUUUAAAUCUUUUUAUUUUAAUUGGCGUCUUCAGCGAUCUAUCUCGACGGGUCACAUACAAAAAAAAAAAAAGAAUCCCCAAAAAUAUGGAGUUAUGAACCUUUCAAUUGUAUUUUAAUCUGAAAUGCAGUCAUUUUUAUUAUCAUACAAUAAUAGGCAAGUCCCUCGGACUUGCAGCAUUUACAGAAUUUAUUUUUAACAAUUUAAUGUAUCAGAGAAACAUAUAUCAAUGUUAAAGAAAUGAAUUGCAGUGAUUGUCUUAAACAAAAUCAUAUGUAUUAUUCUCGAGAAAUGGAAAAUUCAAAGAAAAUGUCAAUGUAGAUCUAUCGAACUUUACAUGAAAUCCAAGUCAUAUUACUGAACAUUUAUUUGUGUUAAAAUCCAUUUGGUCAGGAGAUGAAAUACAUACAUUUUGGAUAAUUGAUAUAGUCUAUUGUAUCAUUCUCUUUUCAUGUAUCAAAUUUCUUAUUAUCUAUCAUAUUUCUCUUAUGUUCAGAGAGUUUUGAAUCAUAAUUUGUUUUAGAGAUAAUGAAUUACGGGUUUGUGUGAGUGGUUAGUGGGUUGUCCAUCUUUAUUUGUAUGAUUUAUUUGUGAUUGUAGAGGUAUUUUUUUCUGUAACUGAUUUCUUACUGUAUUUGUCUUUCUAAGGAUUUUUGAAUACAACAUGUACAGCUAUUACAUCUGUACUAACAAUGCAGCAAUCUUGAUUUCAUAAAUGUACAUUGCUGCAUCUUUCAUUUUGUGUAGUGUUGGUAAUCUUAAUAUUUUGCGAAGACAGCAUAAAAACAAUACAAGAAAUGUUGUGAAUAUGGACUAUAAGUGUUUUUUGGUGGUUGACGUGUGACCUACAUUUAUAUAUCAGACAGAUUGUAUCUGAACACAGAACAAGCAGUAGUUCAGGACUAGGGUCUCUAGGACUGCUGAUUGAUAGGUUCAUAGCUGUCUGACAUUGUGUUUCUGUGCUGACAAGCUUACUCUUUGCUUUACAUCUACAUUGCCAGGAACAUGUUAUUAUAGUUUUUAUGACAAUCCCCCCUCUUUAUCUUUUAUAGUCCAUCUGAAUUAAGUGUUAAUUUUGCUUGUUUUCUGUGUUUUAAGUUUUAAUAGCUUGCAGUGUGAAAUGAUUGAAUUCUACAUCUACUGAAAUUGGCAGUGAGUAUCAUUUGAUGUGUCAAGUUCAAAUGUGUCAAGGUUCACUCCAAAGGAUUAAGAAAUGUUGAAUGUCUUACUCAAGCAAAAGAAAUAGUAAACCUGGCCAUGCAGUAUAUGAUGUAAUUUCAAAGAACAUAACUAUAUAGUUAAAGAUUAUCCAGAAAAGUUGCACAACUUAGGUUUUCAAAAUAUGUGAGGGGAUGAGCUGCUAUGCUUUACACCAGCAUACUUCAUGAAGCAUGUUGGCGCUUCAUGAAAAGUAUGCCAGCAUGAAGUGUUACAAUUCAUGCCCUCAUGUAAUUUAUUUUUAUAGCUACGUUCUACUUUCAUUUCGGUCAGAAUUCCCAGCUGUCAAAAAAAGACAUACUAUAUUUAUAAUGAUUCGUGCGCACAUAUUGUUCAUGUGCAUCACACUCAUGAGGAAAUGCCCAUUAUUACAAUGGGUAAAAACCUUUGGGAAGUGUGAAUAUACUAUAAAUAGUACAAUUGAAUAUGUAGCUGCAGAACUGUAGCUUUCUGGGACACAAAAAAUGGGGUGGAUUGGAGAACUACAGAUCCAAUCCUUAUAACAAAAAAAAAAACCUGUAAUUUUGGCCAUAAAAAAUUAGUUCCUUUGUUCUCGGGCCACUUUUUCAGAAAUUUUAUGAGGGAUCUGACUCGGAGGCAUUUCCCCUUUUUUGUUAUCCAUUUGCAAUGUAUUGCGAGAGGGCCCCGGGAUAUAGAUACUGGACUGUUCAUAUGUGUGUAAAAGUGUGUGUGUGUAUAACACUGACCCCGUGGACACUCUACAGGCCAAUUUUUUGCUGGAUUGAUUUGAUACUUCAAAUGUAACUUUUUGUUAUCAAGAUAGGAAAACCCUAUUGAUUUUGGGGUCAAAGGUCAAGGUCACUACGGGACUUGCAUUAAAUUUACUACAUGCAUGAUUGCCUACAUUGCGUGGGUAUGCGCUGUUUUGCAGAGCUCUUGUUUCAAAUAAAAGUGACAAGGGAUCAAGGCAUUUCUCUCAGCAUUUAUUCACAAACAAAUCAAGUUUGAGUAAACAUUCAAACACAAAUAAUCUCUGUAUCGUUUUUUGUUUUAGCAUUUAACUUUACAUUGCUUAAUAUGUUUGCAUUUUAAGUUGUUUGCUUUUAAGGUAGCAGAUUUCACAGUCUUGCAGGCCUUGCCAAUUGGGUAGCAGUCUUCCUUAUUAGGUCCACAUUAUUGAGAACAAAUUGAAAGCACCCUGAGCUGAAGUACAUUACUUCAAUUGAAGACUGACAAGUCAAUUUUACUUUAACGUAGAUAUACUUUCUCCAUCGAAACCAAAAUUUGUGGAACUGUUGUAUUGUCCUUGGGUUUAAGCUACAACAUGAGUAUUGACCAAGAUAUCAAAUUCAAAGCAGUAGAGCACUUUCCUGACACUCAAGUUUAACCCUGAAUAAAUUAAAUAAGUUUCUCACAGUCACAACACUGUAAAUUGGUCGUGUUUUGGCUGUUUGAGCACUCAGAGAGAAAGGCAUGCCUUGUGGUAGUCAGGUUCCCUAGCACCAGUUCUUUUAUGAAAAAGGGCAUAAUUCUUCAGUUGUGUCUUUUGCAAAGACUUUAUCAAAAGAUUUUACUUUUAGAAUGCACUGCAAGUAUUACCUUCUGUAUUGGCUGAGGAUUUGUUAACAAGUCAUCUGCAAACCAUGUCCAAAGAAAGCAAUUACAUCGCUAACUCUCAAUCUCAAUAUGAUUAACUGCACAGCACUUUACUCUCUCCUUACACUUUCCAAGAAAAUGCACACAUUUUAAAGGACAAAAGCUCUUCUGUGUGGGAGGUGCAUUUAGUGUUACUUUGAAUGCCUAAUUAGACUUUGAAUGCCUAAAUGUAGGAGUCACAUGACAAGAAAAUGGUGUUGUAUGCAAUUUACACAUUUUGUGGCCAUGUAACUGCAAAGAAAGUACCUAUUCAGAAUUACCAGUACCAAAGCUGCUAUUGAAAUUUUUUUAAGAAACCUGUUGGGCCUUCUAGUUGCAAAGUGAAUGCCAUGACCAUGAUCCAAAAUAAAGUGAAUUCAUGAAAGUCAUCUUUUAAGGAGUUGCUGUGAAUUUACAGUAAGUGUGAACGACUCAGCUUCUCAAGUUCAUUCGUGGUCCCGGAUAGUUGAUUUCAAAACAAAUCUGUCAAUGAUGACGCAUCAAGGAAAGAACAAUCACUGCGAUUGGACCAAUAUUUAAAGGGGUGGGAAUAAAAAUAAUUUUAGAUAGGGACACGUGUCUUUACACUAGCGUGUCAUUACAUAAUCUUUUAGCACGACGGAAGAGACUCUGCAAAAAGGGGAAACCAAUGCCAACUAAAACAAUGACGUUGAUUUUAAAAUUACAUGCCGAGGGUUUAUUUUAUGGUGAAAUCAGUAAGAAAUUAGGCGUCACAAAGGCCACGUUAUAAAAUUGGCAAUCAUGGGACCUCUUGCACCGAAAGUGUCACCAACGAAGCUCACACCGGAUGUACUUCUGUUUAUCGAGUAUGAAAUUAAAAAGAAAUCGAGUGUAUAUAAUAGAGAAAUCAGACAAAAUUUAUUAAGAAGAAAUAUUUGUACCCCUGACAAUGUACCAUCGGUGUCUUUAUAAAUUUGUAGAGCUGCGAGAAAUUUUUUGGGGAAUGGCAAACAAAAUCCCAGAGAAGCAUAUUUCGUCUGGACACGGGCUCGUCACGAACUUUUUGUCUUUUUAAAAUUUGACAUAGUCUAUUCUAUAUUUACAAAUAAAUGUAAAUAUAGAAUAGAGAGGGUCAAAUCGUGGCGAGCUCCUGUGGUCUGAACACGAACGAAGUGUUGAAAACUUCUUUGCUACUGAUUUUAUUGCAAUUUAGGCCGAGUCAGUUAUAUAUAUAUAUAUUUGAUGAAGCAUGUCUUGUACUUGCCGAUAUGUGUCGUUCACACUUACUGUAAAUCCACAGUAAAUAAGCUGAAACCAUUAUAUAAAAUCCUAAAUUUUGUUUGAGUCGAAUGGUUAAGUGAACUUUUCUGAUCAAGCUGUCAUACUUGUAGAUGUUUACAAACAUAUACAUAUAUUUUUUAGUAGAUCGAAGAUAUUAGUUUCAAGAACCACAAUACAGUUAAUCUGAUUGAUAUGGAAUGUUGUGUAAAUGUUCUUCAUUCUAUACAGGUGCUGAAACUUUUUAAAGAUGGUCCAAACCCCCCUGCUUUUUCAUUUAUCAGUCACAUUUAGCCCAUUAAUUAUCAUCAUUUUGCCAAGUUCCAACAUAUGUCUAUGUGCUAGACUUUGAUUAGAAAUAUAUACAAGUAAAAAUCAGCAAAUCUAGAACCUGUUAAUAAGCACAUAUGUAUUGGAUUCAUCAAUUAUAUUUCAAAACUGCUAAAAGGAUUGUAAUCUUUUAAACAAUUUUUUUCCGUUCAUACUUUAUAUUAGGCAUUUGUUCAAGUUUUGGUACUUCUUGGCUCAUCAUAUAGCCAUUAGUUUUUCCCAGGUUAUUGAAAUUGAAAUUUAACAGACAACACUCCAGCUGACAAUGUUAGCUACCACACUUAUGUAAGUCUGACAUUCAGUGUAUACUAAAAGUCAUUCUAGUCCCAUUUAACCAGACAUGACUCUGCUAUUUGUUUCCAUUACACCUCCAAUGAUCUAGAGUCAGACCAGAAUAAAAAUUGUACUGCCAAUUUACAAGGCAGGCGCUAACGAAAUUCUGGUAUUGAAUCUGAUUAGCUAUUUGAACACACCUUGUUCCAGUAAGAUCUCUGUAUAAACAAGUGUAGCCCAUGGGUCUCAUGUUUUCACUGGAAAGCAUUGAGUGCAGCAUUGGACAAAUGAAAUUUUCUGUUACUUGUAUGUGUACUAGAAGAUAAAUCGGUGCCAUCGAUAAUAUGAAAUUUGUCCAAGCUUGCAUCUGGUGUAAUAGCCAAUUUAUGCUGGAAUACUAAAAAUGAUGAGAAAUUAUCAUGUUUAUGAUGUCAUAAUUCUGAAUCUAGCUCAAUUUUGUAAAAUUGAGAAAAAUGAUGGCUUGCACUUAAUUCUGAAGUAAAGCAUGACUGUCAAUUCCAGGGGCCAAAUAGAGCACUUUAUCAUAUAGUUCUUUGAAUUUCAUGCUUGCUUUAAAUAGUUUAUUUGUCUGGUGAGAGUCAGUCAAGUUUUUUGCUGUGAUCUAUAUCGCUGCAAAAAAAUUAACAAGACAGAUGAGAAUUUUCUGGAACCUUCAUUUCAAGUCAGGCAGAACCCUCCAGAGUUUGUAUAUAUUUGUGUUAUUUUAGCUAGUUUAUCUGAGAAGCAAAUUGUACAUUUGAAGACAUUUGCAAGUUUAAUCCAAAAAAAGGGGGGUGAUGAAUUUAAUACACACACACACAUAUAUCUAUUAUCCAGUUAUAUAGUAUAUAAGUUCUAUACAUAAAUACAGAAAAUUCUAUAGAAAUAGGUAAUGUGAUAAGAAUAUCAGCUGUUUGAAUAUACUCAACUAGUUUUUAGAACUUUCUUCAUCAGGAGUGUAUAAAUUGAAGUGGGUGAAGAUAUUCAAUCAGCUCUGUGAUAUAAAUGUGUAUGAUAUUAUGUACAUGCAAGUACAAUUUUUUGGAGAACUUUCUCAGCUUAUUAGGAUUUUUAUUGUUUUCUGCCUUCUUAGCUGAAAUUAAGGUACAUGUACAUGUGCAACUAUAAGGCUGUGACUGAGUUAUAAUUAUAAGCAAGUUAUUUUUGGAUUAGUAUGUUUUUUGUCUUCAGUGAAUAUGGAAAAUAUGGGCCAUUGUCUUCGUAGACCUAUAUAUAGGGUUCUAUGAUUAAUAACACUCAGAUGUCUCUAUACAAGUACCUGUGAUUUUAUGUUUAGGACAUCCCUUGCUUUAUAUUGCACAUUAAGGUUAUUUUGACUGCAAGCCAAUAGGGGUGUGUAUAUUGCUCAAGAUUUUCCGAUACGAUACGAUACAAUAUUUUCUGAUGCGAUAUCUAAUAUAUUGGAUUUACAUUGUAGUUAAGCAUUUUCUGAAGUAAAAUAUCAAAAUUUAAAAAAAAUUGAAGUGGUUUAAAAUCUUUUAUUUCAUAACAAAACAAACAAUGACAAUUAAAGUCUGUGGAAACUCCAAUGUCACAAUGUAAAAGCGGGGAUUAAAGUCUGAGGAAUCUCCGAUGUGUUACAAUGUAAAAGCAGGUAUUAAAGUCUGAGGAAUCACUGAUGUCACAAUGUAAAAGCGGGUAUUAAAGUCUGAGGAAUCGUGUUCCUAUUAGAAGCCAUUUUUAAAUUAUGAACUUCAAUCCCGACUAUUAAAAGGGCUAUUUUUAAACCCGACAUUAUAUCGUAUUGUCUCGUCGAAACACCAUAUCGUAUAUCGCUGGACAGACGUAUACCGGUACAUUUCGAUAUACCGAUAUAUUGAUUCACACCUACAAGCCAAUGUUGAAAAUUAUGUGAAUUUUUCAUUUUGAAAGAAUUUGCUUCAAUAAAAAUACAAAGUAUAUUAUAGAUACGAUAUUUCAUUAGUAUUAGAAUUUGCAGUGUAAUUGUGUGGGAGGCAUAGAUUAUGAAUUACUGGCACAGAGUAUAAUUGAUUUCUUUGUAGAACAAACUACAAAAGGUUAAUUGAAACCUGUACUAAUGCUAGCAUGAGAAGACUAAAUGGAUAUGUUGUGAUUAGUAGUGAUUUGUGUGGGUGAAAUCUAGUGUCAACGGACGGACAUCUACCAGCUUGCAAAUAUGCUUUGACAUUUUGAUUACAUCUGUGUAUUUGUGAAAGUUUAGAAUGAAAAGAUGAGAGAUUACAUCUUCCAGACGUCAGUUGGUUUAAUCGUGAUGUUGUGGGGGUGUGAGAACCAUCUAAUGUAAAUCAAUACCUUUUCUUUUUAAAUCUAAAAAAAUCUUCCAAGUUUUAGAUACUUUUCCUAUUAAAGAAAGCACGUUUUUCCCCCCUUUUCUCCUUUUCUCGUGAUUAACACUUGACAUAAAAAUUGUUGUGAACUUGCAGCAUGUAAUGUGUAUACUAGUAACUUCACUCUCUGCCUUUUGUAGCAUUUCAUAAAAGCUUCCUGGCCAUAUGGCCCAUUUGAACUUCGUUUUUUAUUGUACUAGCCAACAUCCUUAGUCUAUAUACCUCUGAAGGUUUCGUAGGGAAAAUGGUUUUCGAGUCAUCAUUCAGUAAUUGAAUAUGUUCUGCAAUUCAUUCAUAUACAAUGUUGAAUUGUCCUGAUGGGUGAAGCAGCCAAAUGUACUCAGAGGUUUUUUCAUGUGACCUCAGACCACAAUUAAAAAAAAAGUUUUUCAGAUUUAAUUGUUAUACAUGCAAAUCUGCUAGUAUGUUGUUGAGAAUUACCCAACAUAAAUGUCCUUAUACAAUGCAUUUAUUAUUGAUUAAUAGCCACAUAUGUGAGAUCUUGAAACUUAGGGGCAAGAUCAGAAGAUCGAUGUUGGAUAAAAAUCUAAAUUCAAAUAGUUAGGGGGAAGGGAGGAUAAAAUCUUCUGCAAGUUUCUGUCAUCCGACAUCGAUUACUUUUUAUUGGAAAAAGAAAAAAGACAGCGACUGUUAAAAACCACAUGAUAAUAUUACAUUUUAAUGAAUAUUUUCAAAUAGUUUCAAUGUACACUAUCUUUUGUGAAUAAACAGGAGAAAAGGUAUCCACAGUGUUAUUUACAUGUCUGAUCAUAUGUUUUUACUUGUUAAUCGAUUAGGUCCAUGCAACAUUCAUUAUGUAUAGUUUUAAGGGGGGGGGGGGGGUCUUUGUGAAAACUGUUAAAAGUUUAGUUUAUUGAAACCUUGAGAAACAUCUCAUUGGUAUGGUACAGUUUAUAAUAAUCAAGUAACAAUAUACUAGUGAGUAUAUAACCAUGUGAAAAGAAUCAUGUGACCAAAUAUGGAGGAUGGACAAACAUGUGACAUCUUAUAAGUUUUUUAGGCUCAGUGCUUUAUUAAAAACCUUAAUUGCUAAAUUACAUAAUGCUUUUCUGUUUCUUAUUGAAAAAUUGUGAAUUUAGUUUUUUGUCAGACAUUUAACUUUUGAUAUCAAGCAUUUCAAAUACGCUAGUUGUAUGAAACUUGACAGUUUCUUUAUAAGGACACUGUUAAUGAUUAUCUAGGUCCAAUCAAGGGUAUAUAUUGGGAUUUUAUCCUGGGUUGUAUUCCAUGCAGCCAAAGAUUGCAGGUCAAAGGCUGUAAGGAAUGAAACCCAUGGUAAAUCCCAUACACAUUAGUUUGGAUCUGGAUAAUGAAUUGAUUUCCUAGUAUGUAAUCAAAUGAUAUUAAGGCUCCAACAUAUGGCAGGUGCCCUGGAGUAAUAAAACUCUGUCUGUCCAUCUGUCUGUUGGCACUUUCUCUGGCACGUGACAACUUAAAUUUCCUUGGGAAUAUUCUUAUGAAUUUUUUCAUAAAACUUGGAUUAGGCAGAGAGAGACCUAUUUUGAUUUUCAGAUAAUCAAAUUUAUCGGCUUUGUCUCUACAGAUUUAUGGGACUUCCAAUUUUUAAAUUUUUAAUAAGAUAUAGUAGCACUUUUUUCUGGCAUGCAAUAACUUGAGAUUGCUUGAAAAGAUUUUCAAAGAAUUUAAAGGUCACAAUGCUCAGAUUUGUAUAGUAAUUGCUCCAUCUGUUUGUCCAUCAGCACCUCUAUGGCACGUGAUAACAUAAUUUUCCUUGGGGAGUAUUUUCAUAAAUUUGAUACAUUAUACUGUAAUUAGGCAGAAGACCCGUUUUGAUUUUCGGAUUUUCACCAAUAUAAGUUCAAUAACUCCUUUAUAAUAUAUAUAGCUAAACUAUCAGUUGUUUUAUGUUGAUGAGUUAAAUUCAUUUUCUUGUCAUGUUAGAAACUUGAAGCAUUUUAAUGUGUGCAAUAUAUAAUACACUUAUGUUCAUUUUAAAUUUUCAUCCAAUAGCAUCAAUUAAUGCAUUGAAAUAUUUCAAAUUAGAAUAAUUUAAAUAUUAACUGAUCCAUAACUGUAGGUCAGGGUCCAAAUAUUUGAAGAAUUAAUUGAUACUUAAUUAAUAGAUAAAAUAUUAAAACUGAUUACAAGAGAUUACCAAACGAUAGGUGGGAAGGAGAUUGGUCAGAAUUUAGCAUGCAAUAACUCGGACCAUUUCAGUAAGAUCCUGGGGUUUUUUUUCAUCAAAAGUUGGCCUUCCAUAUUGGCACAGGUAUUGUUCGUUUCAAUUCUCCAAAAAUUGACUAGGAGGAUUUUAUUAUUAAAGAAUUAUCAUCUGUAUAAUAACUGUAGUUACGCUGUACACAGAUGUUAGUUUCAUGUCCAAUUUAUGUGAUUGAACUAGAUUGCCAUUACUAUGAUAAUGCAUUUACUGAACAUUGAGGCUGAAUUUGAUUACACAGAACAUGGUUGUUUCGAGCCAGUACUUCAUUGAAAUAUAUGAGAACUUGAGUAAGUUUGCUGGGGGUGAGCAUUGUAACUCACUCAUGGGCAUCUUAGAUGUUACAAGCCUUAGAUUUGUAUUAAGUGAAUAUUAAUACUAGCUUGUGCAGUGUCAAAGUGUUACAUAUAUAAUGUCAGGGUUGAACUUCUUUGGCCCUCUCAUUCUGCUUGUCUUAAAAUGUAUUACUUAACCCUGUGCUUUUCUCCUGAGAGAAAGGUUUAAACAAGAGAUACACAACAUUUUAUGUCUAUUCAAAUUACUUCAAGCUUCAAUUUAAAGUUGUGGAUAAAUUUUUACUUUUGACACUCACAAAGAGUCACAUUGAUGCUUUUUUCUAACAAAUGUUGCAGACAGAUAUAUACAUAUUGUGAAAUUUAAUUUUUGAUGAGAUUUUCGGUAUUCAUCAUUGACCUCCAUAUGUUGUACUUUUGUUCGUGGAAAAAAGACACUUCGUAGUCUCAAACUUAAAAUCAAAUUAUAACUUGUGGGCUGUAUUUCAGUAUGGUGCAAGGUGCAUAAAUCACAGGCACGUUCCAAGAAAGGUAGCUAAUUAAUGAUCACAAUUUGCACUUUUGAGUUUUUAUGUUGUUGUGGUCUGACAUCAAGACAGGAAGGAGACUUGUUCACAGUAAAUCUGUUUUGACAUGUGUCAAAAGACUUGACUAUUAAAGGCUUGUAACUUUGAAGUCAUUCAAAGGAUUGAAGUUUAUGAAAUUUUUAGAUAUUGGUUAUUGAGCAAAGGGGAAUAACUUGUGUGGUCUUCUUUUAGUUGUGUGAUUGUAGAGCUGUUGAAUAUGCAUGUUUGACCCUGAUGGUGCUUGACACGAUGCUAAUUGCAUUUCUUAUGAUUGUAACUUCGUGAAUGAGUUAUUACUUGAUUAAUUACAGAAAAAAGUCACAUGUAGCAGUGAUGGAUUCUCUGUACUCUUUGCACUGCGUAAUUGGAAUUGCAAAAUUAGUCAAGAAAAGCAUGAUAUGGAAAUGGGGAUGGAAUAUAUAUUACAUAUUACUAAAUAGAAUUGUAGAAGUUGUUGAUUUACAAAGUCAGGAGUAAAGAUCUUUGGCAGCAAAGCAUCGUUUGCAUUAGUCAGCCUAGUCAGGAGGUAUCAUAAUUUGUUUAUCACUUGGAAUCCUGGCAAACAAUCAAUUCAUUUGAAAAUUCCAGCAGCCAAGGGAAUUCCCCUCCUGAACCAGAGUGAGUUUUGACAGAAGUAGAGAAAUCAUGUGCUCGGUCAGAUGAUCAGAGUCUGGUCUUGACCUCUUUAACUAGGCCACAACAAGUGGGUUUUCAUAACACACAAGUCUGUUAUGAAAUUCAGUACUUAUAUAUGUAACCUGGAGUUCACUAUUUAAAGUGUGCCGAGGACAGAAAUUAGUGUGGCUAUAUCAGAUACAGGAUUAAAAGUGUUUGGUAUUUAUAAAAAAAAAUUAGGACAGAGAGCAAUACUGUUUGGUGCACAGUUAAUGGAGCAGUCAUGCAUGACAUUCCAAAAAUAUCUAUUGUUCAUGUCAAAGGUCAGGAUAGGUAGAUUCAUGCACGACAUCAUUGAGGAAACCCACCUGAGUGGAUGUGUGUUGAUGUUUAUCCAAAAGAUUAUUUAAACCAAAUGAUCUAAAUAUAUGUGGUUCUAUUUUAUCUAAAUCUGAUUAACUGACAAGAUUACUGGAAUUAUCAGCAGAAGGUUAUUUGCCAGAAGGAAUUUCUUUGGACAAUAAGCAAGGUGGACAGUAAUGAGGAGUAUGUACAUGUAGUAUGAACAUGUGAUGGAUGCCUGAGACCAAUCAAACAGACAAAUGUGACAGGACAUCUAGACAUUGUGAACACUUGUACCAUAUGGAUAGUUAAUUCGGAGGGAAAACGGGUUUACUUUAAGGGACACAGGUAAUCGACAUAUACAUCAUUAUGCACAUUAUUGAAAAUCUUUAAAUCUAGAGGCUAUUUAUGAAUGGAAUGGUUUUAGUGAAUAAGGGAAUAAAUUUCAUUCAUUAAAACAUUAUCUAGUGUAUAUGUAGAUACAUAUAUAGCAGCGAGAAGGAAAUGCAAAGUUAAGAUUGGUUUUUUUCUUGGGUUUUUUUUUUUUUUUUUUUUUUUGAUCAUGAAAAAUUUAUUCUUGGAGCUUUCUCAUUUAUUAAUAUUUAUGAAGAAUAUGGUAAUUCUUGGCAAGUCUGAUAAAGCUGCUGCUUGAAUUUUUUUUACUGGAAAUGUUUUGUAUCUACACGUUAUGAAAUUUCUGUGCUGAUCAGCACUAGAGCAGGGAGACAUCCAAUAUUGAUCGAUUGAUAAAUGUCUGUAUCAUGUGUACUACAUGUUGUUUACGCCGAUUAUCAAGAAAUAUUAAGGGAGAUUUUGCCGAGAAUGUUUUGUGAAUGUAUGAGAGCUUUUUAGUACUUGGAAGUUUUGAGUUUUUCUGAAUAUUAAUUGCAGUCAUGCAUCACCAGAGGAAAUUGGAAGUUACAUAAAGUCUUAAGGUUUUUGGAACAGCCAUGUGUUAGUUAUAUUGUCUGUUUAAAAAAGUGGUUUUCUGCUUCCAACGAUUGCCAACAUCUUCUUUAAACCUAACUACUGGUAUACAUAAAAUACCUGUUUUGAUCCCUGGAGUCAUAUGAUAAAUAUUCCGACAAAAUAAGGAGAAAGUGAGGAGGAAGUGCAGACUAAUUACCCAUUUAUUUAACAUUUAUAAAUCAACUCGAGACUGAGGAAUUGUGUUUUUACAUGACUGGAAUUUUCACUGAUGAAGUGUCCAAGUGAUUGCAGUGGUGGUUACAUGGUGCCAAAAGUCAUGUGCAGCAUCUGUAUUGAGGAAUAUUCAGGAUACAAUGGAGGUUAUGGACCUGCAACAGUAAGAAUGGUAUCUAACAAUGGGCCACCACUCCCGAUGCCAAUGCAGGUGGCACCAGGUCACAUGGUCCAACAAAUAGUGGACGAGCACGGCAUUCUAACACACGUCAUUCUGUCGCCUCAGCCUACAUCCAUGCCAGUUGGCGGACCUUCAAUGACGGGAGGACCAAAUAAUACACCACCACAUGCACAGUAUUAUCCAAACUAUGGGCCCCCCUACCCAACACAUCACUACCCCUCCCAUCAUCACCCCACACAUCAUGGGGCAUCACCCCAUGUCCAUACAGGGGCACCCACACAUCCUCAUGGGACGCCCCCACCUCCCAGCUGUAACAGUAAUCCUAGUGGACCAGUGCAUCCAGGACCAAGUCAACCUAACUCAAUGGAGGGGAGGGCCAAUAAACAAAGAGAAAAAGUCAGGAGGAAAUUCGAGGAGCGGCGGAGUCAGGGUUUCUACCCACAGCAACCAAGACCUAGAAUCAAUGGGAAACAGAAGGAGCCUCAUGGGAAGCCAGUGCCCUAUGAACAGUACCAAUAUCAAGGUAAUGGUAUGAAUGGAGACAGUAUGCCUCCUGUAGACACAGGGCAGGCAGAACUAGCAGAGGAGAGAAAGGUCAUCCAACAAGUACUGUCAAGUACCCCAGACCCAGUGGUGUCAGAAAUAGAGGCCAGAAGUGCCUUGAUUCAGUUGGCACUGCCAGAGUGGGAUCCUAAUGAGUUUGAAAUAGAUCCUGCUGAUUUCCGGUUUACACUUCUCCUGUCAGACAAAGGGAAGGAGGGCAAAUACAAACUAGUUUACAGUGGAGAUGCCACAGAAAUUACAUUAAAAGAUCUGAAGCCUGCUACUGAUUACCACCUCAGAGUCUACACCUCCCUAGAGGACCUGAAGGGGAAUACAACAGAGCCAGUUAAAUUUACAACCAGUGCCUGCGAGCCAGACCCUCCAACCCCCCCAAAACUGUCCAACAAGAAUAAAACCUCCAUAGCUCUCAAGUGGACUAGCACCUGUGAAAAUGGGGCAAAAAUUUCCACAUACACUUUGGAAAUGGAUAAGGGAAAUGGUGAAUUUGUGGAAGUGUACAAUGGCCUUCAAAGACAGACACGAGUCAGUAAACUGCAGGCAUCCACUAAAUAUACAUUUAGACUGGCAGCCAUCAAUUCCAUUGGUAAAAGUGAGUUCAGCGAGCCCGCCUCUUUCUACACGAGUGGUAGUGUGCCUAGUCAGCCUGACCCCCCAAUGUUAUCAGAGCCCUUCACUACAUCAAUGAUCAUCUCCUGGAUCAAGCAUCCUAAUGAGGACACCUUCCAACUCCAGAUGGAGGAUGAAUCGACAGGUCAUGGUUUUAUCGCUGUUUACAAUGGACCAAAUUUAUCUUAUAAAGUCAAGAACCUGAUGAGGAACACAGAAUAUAAAUUUAGACUGGCAGCCUUCAAUGAUGAGGGACAGAGUAAAUGGAGUGAGACGGUAGUGUAUAGAACAAAGCCAGACCGGCCAGCCCCGCCCCCUAAACCACAGAUCAAGGGCAAAAUACAUGCCUACAACUUUAGGGUUGUUUGGGAGCCACCAAAAGACCAUGGAGGGGCAGAAAUAACCAAAUACAUUGUUGAAAUUGAUGAUGGAAGAGGUUAUGAGACACUGUAUGAAGGCUCUGAGAGAGAACAUGUCUGUGAUCGCUUGACUCCUGGCCAGAUGUACAUGGUCCGAGUUGCCUGCUGCAAUGUGGCUGGAAGGAGUGAGUUUUCUGAGCCAUGUGGUGCUACAACACAAGCUGUUGUGCCAGGUCAAUGCCAAGCACCAAAGGUACAGGGCAAGCCAAAAGCAACAUCAUUACAUUUACGAUGGGCAUGUCCAGAAUAUGAAGGCGGGGCUGCAGUGUCAGAAUAUGCAGUCCAAAUGGUGACCCCUGACAAUGCUUGUCGGGAGGUCUACAAAGGGAGGGACCUGGACUGCAUUGUGGCAGGUUUGUCACCAGGCAGGCCUUACUUAUUUCAAGUUCGAGCUUUCAACAGAGUAGGGGGAGGAGGUUGGUCUGACCCAUUUGAAGUGGUCAGUGGUGCAGGAGUCCCUGAUCCCCCUAAAGCCCCACAAUUGGUGUGUAAGUCAGCCUAUUCGGCGCUAGUCUCUUGGGAACCCCCUGUCAAUAAUGGUGCUACUGUCACAGAAUAUCGUCUGGAAUGGCAGCAGAAAACAGAUGUUACAGACUUUGCUAUGUUAUACACUGGUUCUAGCCAGAGUUAUGAAAUCAAAGGCCUCACCCCUGCAACCUUGUACCUCUUUAGGGUUCAGGCAAUCAAUAGUGCUGGCCAAGGCCCCUACAGCCCUGUAGGGACAUGUGUAACCCCACCUUCUAGUCCUUCAUCUGUCACUGUCAUACGUCACACUUCCACAGCCACGUCCAUCACAUUAUUCUGGAAGGAACCCAAUUCCAAUGGUAGUGACAUCACUGCCUACAAUCUAGAGAUUGGGGACAAGCAGUUCACAAUAGGAGCAGUCACAGAGUACACUAUAGAAACCCUGGCACCGGAGACGGCCUACAAGAUAAGAAUACAAGCUGUGAAUACCAUUGGUGUGGGUCCAUUCAGCGCACCAGUCCGAGUGACAACCAGACCGCUCCCUCCAAAUCCUUCCAAGCUGGAGUGUGUAACUCCAGCACCAAACAGUCUCAAACUGAAGUGGGGCGAUCAACGGGGUCUGGAUACAAAUCACUACACGUUAGAGAUGGAGAAGGAGGAUGGAAACUUCCAAGUGAUAUACGAAGGUUCCUCACAUUUCUUUAAGGUCAACAAGUUACAGGAAACCAUGAAUUACAACUUCAGAAUUUACGCAAGUAACGAUGUAGGAAGUGGACCAUAUUCAGAAAUCUAUACAUUCACCACUACCAAAGCCCCCCCACCAGCAGUUAGAGCUCCACGUGUGUCCAGUGUGAAUCAGCACUCUUGCAGUGUGGAUUGGCAGGCGUGUAAAGCUGUGCAGGGUGACUCCGUAGUUUAUGUCCUACAGCUGCAGGGGGACCAGGAGUAUCAGAAGAUAUACAGAGGGGAAGACACAGUUUUCCAGGUGGAAAACUUAUCUCCUAAAACGGACUACCAUCUACGUGUAUGUGCAAUAAGGAUCUGUGAAGACGGGUCAGAAGUGGUGGGAGCCUUCAGUCCGGUAGUGUCCUUUACAACACAAGGUCAUGAACCUGUCAGUGCACAGGAAAUGGACGUUAAGCAAGAGUCCAAGCUGGUGGAGCCCAAACAGCUAACCGACCAACAAUGGGCCAUGAUCAUCUUGAUGGGCUUUGUAGUAUUUGCUGUGCUUGUCGCUUUCGUUGCUCAGCAAAUCAUCAAAUACAGAUCAAAUCAAGCCACUAGAUGAAACCUGGUUUCCACGGUCCAUUUAGAAGACAAUGGGGAAAAUUUCAGUGGAUUCAAGAGUGAUUUUACUGCAUAUCACUUCAUGAGAGUGCCACAAGAUCUGCUUCAGUGGAUGUUUUUCCAUGCAAUAUUACGAUAUAUAGAUCUGAUACAGCUGGCAAUGCCAGCAGAUGGAAGGGAGGAAACUGAUGUGCAGGAAUUGGUAAUCCAUGUAGAAUUAUCUUGUGAUAUUUUUUCUGUUCAAAGUCAUGACAAGUUUUAUUUAGGAAGAUUGUGUCAAACAGCAUUUACUUGUGAAUUGAAAUUUUACCAUAUACAUAAAUAAAUGUACUUGUGACAGCUGUGAGCAUGCUUAAUUCACGUGUCGUCACAGGUUAUUGCAAAAUGGUUGGUUCAAUGUUCUUGGCUUCUUUCUUAAUCAAGCUUGCUCGUGUUUUUCUCCAAGUUUUAGUCACAGGAAAUAAUAAGAAAUCUUAUUUUUGAAGAAAUGUACGUUUUCUGAUAUUUUAUUGUCGAAUAGAAUGUUGUGUACAUAUUAUAUAUGUAUAAAGAUAUAUUUUCACAGCUUCCAUGACUUUGUGUUAGAUGACCAAUGUUAAACUAUUGUGGUAACACUGCUUCUCAUACAUGUAUAUUUAUUUAUUGUUAUUGCCAAAAUCAAUGUGGAGAGGGGAACUCAUUAUUUUGUUUAAACAUUUUUUAUGGGGGAAAAGAUAUGAUUGAAAAGUCUGUAUAAUAUAUCUGUAUCAAGACAAAUCCAAGAGCUGGUGUAGACUUGGGGAAUUCUUUUUUUUUUUGGUGUAUUCUGUGUAUAGUUUAUGGACCUUAAAGCAUCUCCCCUCCCAUCAUUCAUCAAGGUGGCAGACAUCAGAACUCACAACAGAAAAAAAAAAAAAAAACUCACAUGACUGAAUGUCUGUUCAAUUAAUAUUCAUUUUUAAUUCAAAGAAAACAAAUAUUUAUUGAAAUAUGUAAUUACGGGGCAAGAAAUAUGUUUAGUGUGCCCUCGUUGAUUUCCAACCUUGAGCUGAGGCUGUAAAUUCUGUCUUCUCAUCUCUCUCUGUCUUGGUCUGCAUUAUUCAGCUUGUAGUAAUGGUUGUAGCUGUUUGCAUUUGUUACCACAGCUUCAAUAUUAAUGUGCCAAAUGGUUAUAAAUGUAACCAAUACCUAUUAGAUGCAUUUUUGUGUUUCUAGGAAUAAUCCUUUUUCCUCCUAAUUAUUGGGCAUGUUUUUAGGGUGUAGUAGUAUAUAUACAGGAUUGCAUAAAAACUGACAACUGAUAAAAUGUACUUUAUUCAGAGAUGCCUGACCAAAUUAAGAUUUUAAGUCAUCUCAAAUGUCUGCAGUCCAGAUUAGAAUAUUAAAUGUUUGAAAACAGCUAUGACCAGAAAGUUGAUGAAACAUUAUAAUGAGUCCACAGAGACUGAUGGUGAUGUUGAGCUGGCUUUUUGACCUACCUGUUACAUUUCAAAUUGUGUAACAUCAUGCAUACAAUAUUGAGUUGCACUGUGCACUAGAUAAUAUUUUAUUUGUUAAAACCCUUCACUAGUCAGAUGUUGCUGUGUUAUAUUCAUUGUCAUGUAUUAUAUGCAUAUAUUUUUUUCUGUGUUAAGCAAUCAAAGGACCUGUCUUUAGGAUGGCCAGGUUCAGAAUCUUAACUGAUUUUUUGACUUGAAAUCAACUGUUUGAGGAACUAUUUACUUCUCAUUGGAAAAUGACUGUUUUGUGAAUAUACAGUCAUAAAUUCAAUUAAACAAUCAGAAAUAUAGAAGUUACAUAAAGUGUUUGUGAUAAACUGUUCAAUUAGAGUCAAACACAUCAGCUUUAUGCUUCCUGUUCUCUCAGAUCAUCAUCCCAGAUACAUUUAUUUUUUUUCAAACUUUACAAUUGAAAACAAAAUUUUGAUAGAGGAAAAAGAAGAUCUAGAAGAUAUAAAAGGUUGAUGACUAAUCGAAAUAUUCAGUACAUUAUAUGUUACUCUGAGAAAGAAAUAUCAAAAUUGAUAUUUUCCAUAUUGUCAAAAAAUUAGAAUCAUUAAUUAGACAUCACAUGUAAUUGUAGACACCAGUAGAACAGGAAACGCAUGUCACCAUGGUUGUGUAUUUUAAAUGUCACUGUAGAACUUCAAGUGACCUUGCUUCUGUAUCAGUUUAUAGAUCCUCAUCACAUAUAGAAAACUAAUACCAAGACCCAUUUAUUGUUAAGUUUUAAAACUCUGCAUCAUUUUCAUUGAUUUAGGAGAGAUUGACGUCUUUUUAUUUAUCUUGUUCUUUCCAAAUCAGAAAGUAUUGCUUUUUGUGGGAAUGGGAAAUUUAUUGGUCAUGGUUUCAGAUUAGCUUAAACCAGGAGGCUAGAUUAUAUGACAAAUGGAGUUGCCAGCCUUGCCAAUUUUUAUUUUUUUUUUGAGCCACUAACAUCACUCGUAUACAGUGACUUGAAAAUUUGUUGAAUGGAUUUGUUGUUAUAUUGUUAUUUUGACUUGCAAAUAUUUAAAGGUUGUAUUUUCAUAAGCAUGACAAUAUUUUUGUGUUCAGUACAUUUUCUCUUUGAAUUUGACGGGUUUUAAAGUUCCAUUCAUUCAGGGUAUGGGUAAUCCCCCUCCCCAUCUGCUGUUUCAUCAUUGUCACAUGUAAAACAAAAAAUACUUCUUUUUUUUUUAUUUUUUAUUUCAAAGCAAUAAAUCUGGAUCCCAUGAAUUGAAUUGAAGAAAUUUGCAGACCUGAGAGACAGAAUUUUUAACUUUUUUUACCAUUCAGAAAUAAAUUCCAGAAAGACAGAAAGGUGUCAUUGAAAUUGCUCUUGAGCAGGUUUUUUAGUAUUUGAUAGCACUUGCUGAUGUACAGCAACCUAAUUUUCAAAAUACAACCUUAAGUUUUUAGUGGAAUUAAUAAUAAACGACACAGUUAUGUUUUCUUCUUUUGAAAAAUUCUAUGUAAUAGGUAAAAAGUUGUAUCUGAAAAUCUGUAUGCUGAGUAAAUACCGGUAUUGAAGGUCUUGGUAGAUGUUGAGAUUGUCUGUUACUUGAAGUAGCCUUACUAUUUUGAAUCUUGGGAUGUAAUAAAAACAGCUGUACUUCACAUUAACAGGAGACAACACAGCUGCACUUCACAUUAACAGGAGACAAAAAUCUAUAUUUCCAUUCUUUGGUCUUAUUUAUGUCAAAGUUUUUUCUCUCAUUAAGUUAUUGUUAUUUAUUAUACAUAGAGAGAUGUGAAUUACUACAGACCGAUUUAAAAGACAACUGAAAGUGUUUAGGUUUAUGGCCAGUAAGGCACAAGUGCAAUAUCAUAAACUUCUGAAGCAAAGUUGAUCUGGUCACUUUGUAUUGUAUAUAAAUUGUGUAAUUGGUUGUCUUAUAUGAUAUUAUUAAUUAUCUACAUUAUCUUACUGUUAUAGUGCAUAUCUUGAGGCUUUCUGCCUCUUGCUUUAAUCAUUAUGGUAGAUUAGCAUACAUUGUAUAGAACCAGUUUACCAUCAAUCUUUUUUUUCUUUUGUCACUUGAAGUUCUCGGAAAGAAAGCAGAAUGAAUUUUAUGGGGAUUCAUUUACUUUUUGGUUGAGUAGUAACUUCACAAUGGUUUUUGUUUCAAAAAUAUAUUCAUAAUGUGAUGAUGGGACAUAAUUAUUAUAUAAAUAUAUAUAUAUACAUAUGAAAUAUAUUCUAUCAAAUAAAUUUAUCAAAUUGAA